AUGAAUUCUUAUAAAUAUAGUUAUAUAUCAUACACAACUUUGUUAGAAUGUAAUAUCAGUGCAUCUAACAAUGAUAAUGAUAAUGAGAAAAAAAAUGAUAAUAAUAAUAAUAACAUAAAGAUCAAGAAUAACAUUGAUAGUGAUCUUUUUGUCAUUAUAUCAGGUUCGAAACAAGGAUUAAAAUAUCCUGAUACUUUAGAAUGUGUGCAUAUUCCAGUCGGUCAAGAAACAAAUCUUCGUUUGGAUACUCAGACUUUUGAAGAUUUAACUUUUAAAAUCUUUAGAACAUUUGAUAACACACUAGUUUUCGAACCAAUCACACUUCAACACCGUUUGUAUUCAAUCGAAAUACGAUCAAAUCCAAACGAUGAUCCGAAUCAAAUAGUUCCAACACCAUUCACCGCUAUAGCCGAGAAUAAAUCAUAUAAGCUCUACCAUCUAUCCAAUGUAGAUUACUAUUAUUAUGUUUCCCAUUAUAAAACAAUAGAAAACACUAAAUAUUUUCUUGUUAUAAAUGGUAAAGACAACACACUUUAUUUACUCAAGAAGUAUAAUUAUAAAGAUUCACCUUCACUUGAAGUUAGUGUGAAGAAUGAACUAAAGUAUUGGGAGCAAGCAAAAAAUUAUUUGAAAUCCCAAGAGAUUGAUUCGUUUAUGGGUUUUUACCACGAUGAAAGAAAAUCCAAAUACAUAAUCAUAACCGAGUUUGAAAAUAUGAAUAUAUUACAAUUUUACGAGUUUUAUCAAAGCUAUAAUAAUUUCAGAUUUGUUCACAAAAAAAAUGAAUAUAUACCAGAACCAACUGUUUGGAGUUUGAUUGAACAAUUUUUAAAUAUUCUCCAUGCUUUGGAAUCUCUUAAUAUUGCACAUUGCAAUAUAAAUGAAUCAACUGUUUUUGUUAAAAGAAACAACCAGAUCAGUAUUCAAAACUUUGAAUAUUCUGUCGACACCUCUGUUAAAACCAAAUCAUUGUUUGAUCUUGGUUCUGAUGAUGAUUUCUCUAAUCAAAACAAUGAUAAUAGUACUGAUCAAAUUAACAUUAAAGUAUCUGAUGGAAAAGUUGAUAUUUUGGGUUUUUGGAAAAUUUUUAAAAAGUUGUUCUCAUUGAUUUAUCUUGAUAAAGAGAGCUACUCUAGUGAAUUAUUAGUUUUGGUUGAAGGCAUUCAGAGUGGUAAAACCGAACCAAAGAUUACUGAUCUCCAAUCCAUUCCUAUUGAACCAAACACAUUACCAGAUGGUAUCUUAGAUGUUGUUUUUGGAUAUCUCUACAACCAACCAUUUAAAUUGGGAGCGCUACCUAAUUCAAUUACAUCGAUCAAGUUUGGUGAAGAUUUCAAUCAGCCAUUACCAGAGGGUGUAUUGCCAGUCAGUUUAGAGAAUCUGGUUUUCGGUGAUAAUUUCAAUCAACCAUUGAAACCACGUGAGCUCCCACCAUUUGUACAGAAUUUGAAAUUCGGUCGAAAUUUCAAUCAACCUAUUGUUGAAAAAAACACUCUACCACAAUCAUUGCGGUCUUUGAAAUUUGGAGAGAAUUUUAGUCAACGACUGGCCAAUUUACCAGAGGAUCUGAAUCAGCUCGAACUUGGAGAGGAAUACAAUUUGCAAAUGGCUGAAUUACCAGAGAGUAUUAAAACAUUAAGAGGUGUCAGUGGUCAAUUAAACGAGUGGGUUAGAAUUCCAGAUUCCGUUACAAGUUUAACAUUUGGAAGACAUUUCAAUCAACCAAUAUUGAAAGGAAUGUUACCCGUAUCACUUAUUUAUCUUGAAUUUGGCUAUCAUUUCAAUAGUACAAUUCACCCACACUCAUUACCUGAUCGUUUGGAGGUAUUGAAUUUCGGUUAUUGUUUCAACCAACCAAUAGACAUCUUACCAGCCAAUCUUGUUAAAAUGAAAUUAGGUGAUUCAUUCAAUCAGCAUAUAACUGAAGUUCUUCCAAAUACAAUUAAAUCAUUAUCAUUUGGAUCGAAAUAUGUCAAAACUCUUCCCACCCUUCCAGAUUCACUUCAAAGACUUCAUCUUGGAAAUAAAUAUCCUCAUCAAAUUAAAUCCUCGGUGCUUCCGCAAAAUCUUAAUUCUCUGACAAAAGGGGAUAAAGAAUAUAGCAAAUAUAUUCAAGCGUUUAAGAAAAAUGAUAUCGAUUAUCAUUUCCCAGUAGAUAAUUCAGAAGAAGAAUUUAAAGUUUUGGAAUUGUCAAUCAAUAACACUGAUUACGAUCUAAUCAUUUUUAUUAAAUCACAUAUCAAAAAGAAUCGAAUUACAUCAACCAAUCUUUAUCUAUUUAAUCGAAAUUCACUUCAUAAUAUCUACAUACUCGACCCAGCAGGAGACGGAUUCAUCAGUCAAAUCUCAAUCAUCAAAUUCACAGACAAAAUUUUAAUAUCCAAUAUAUUUGAUUUUCCCAAGUUGGAGCCAUGUCGAAUUACACUUUCAGUUAAAGAUUCAUUCUCAUUCGGCAUUUACAACCAAAACAAAACUCAUUUAAAGUUUCCAGUUGACCAAAUUUUGAGUUCCGACGAACUUAAAUAUUUAACUAAAUUAUAUUGGAAUGAAAAGAAUUUUUAUAAUGUAUUUCAAUUCAGAGCAGGUUCUAACACUUCUCAUCUCUUAAUGGAUGUGAACUCUCAUCAAUUGUUUGUCUGUAAAUCAUUAAAACUUCAGCCAAACACCUCAAUUCAACAGUUCCUAUUAGAAAUCAAAGCUCUACAAUCAUUAAAAGGAAACAGUCAUUUCGUACAAUAUGAAUCACAUGUACAUAUUCCGGAAAAGAAUAAAUUAAUUAUAAUGACAAAGUAUUGUAAUGGAGGUGAUCUUUCACUUAUACACAAAUCAAUGUCCAAUUGGAAUAUGAUGGUAUCAAAUCAGGUUUUGAAGAAUAAAAGAUCCUUCUAUUUUUCUGAGGAAAAUCUAUGGUCUUACGCAAAACAAUUAGCUAUAAUUCUUUAUCACAUGAGAGCUGCCAAUGGUGGAAUACUUCAUAACGAUAUCAAACUUGCGAACCUCCUUUUAGAGAACAAUAAAUUGGUAGUGGCUGAUUUUGGGUGCAGUAAAUUCCUUCAACCUGUUGAUUUGAGCGAUUUGUAUAACGAUAACCACAUUUCAUUUGAAAACCUAUCAACAUUAGAAGAGAAUACCACUCCCACUUCCAAUACAAGUUGCGAGAGGAAAACAUUACCGUCAGUUGAGAGCAUAUCAAAAGCGAAUGGAUGUUCAAGAGGAACAAUCUAUUAUCAAGCACCUGAAACAAUAAACAGAAUCAGAGAAAUGAGACAAUAUGGAAUUGCAAGUGAAUUGUAUUCAAUUGGUUCAGUAUUACAUAACCUAACAUCUUUGCAGAAUAAAUCUUAUAGAACUAUGUUUGAAACUGAUAAAACCGAUGUCCAUAUUUCAAAAAUUGUUUACUCUGGGCAAUUAAUUCGACUAAUUAAGAGAUUACUUUCAAUCAAACCUGAAGAAAGAGGAACUCUUGAAGAGUUUUAUAAUUCAAGUCAGACCAAUUUAGCCACUCCACCCAUGAAUCAAAAAUCCAAGAAAAAAAGAAAUAAUUUUAAGUUUGAUAAAUAUCUAAUGUUAAUGAAAAAACAAAUAGGAGAUACACAAAUAGGACCAUAUCAUAUACAACUUUGUUAG